CUGACAGACAAGCAAACUGACUGAGAAACUAAGAAAGAGCUGACAAGCAACCUGACUCCAUUAUAGACUAGAGAAAGAAACACACAACAGAUGUCCUGACUGGGCUCAUAACCAUCAGACAGACGGCCGGUUGUACUGUGGAACACAUAAACACUCUGAAGAUCGUCCGGGGCCCAGAGAAUAAAUGGCUGACAAGCAGAUCAGGUUAGCAUGGAUUGGCUGUAAACAUUUAGCAGUGGUGCGUCCCAAAUGGUACCCUAUUCCCCAUAUAGUGCACUACUAUGCAGGCCCUAUAUAUUCUAGCUAGUUGCGAUCCGGUGUUAGGGUCCAGUGAUUCAGUUAUUUCCGGCAGAAAAUCCGAUGUUCUGGGUGAAAACCGCUAACGGUGGCUAAUAGCAAGUAGCUAGUUAGCUAGUUAGCUGGCUGGCUAGUUUCAACUGGAGAUUCUAGAUAAAGGUGAGUAAAUAAUAGAAUCCGUUCCACAUUGAGUGAGGCGGGUUGCAGGAAAGUAUAUUUAGUAGAAGGAUGAAAAGUGUGAUAGGGAAAUAUGUACGAAAAAUACAAAAAAAAAUACAAAAAACAGGCUAUUUACACGGACACACAACAAAGAACACGACCGCACUGCUACGCCGUCUUGGAUUAAUCUAUGCAGGCCCAAAUAUUAAUGUCUUCAGUGUUAAAGUCUGCUUUUGUCUUCUCCCUUCUUCCUCCCUCACAGUUUUAUUUAAGGUCCCUGUGUUCUAUAAAAUCAUUUAUGUAUCAUAUUUGUACCAUAGCUGAUAAAAUUAACAUAUCGCCACAUUUGGUGUCAGCUGUGGGAUAUUAUCCCCUAUGUCAACGUUUCCCAAACUCGGUCUUCGUCAGCAGUGUGCCAUUGUCCCCUAUGUAAUCAUUUGGUGUCACCUGUGUGACAUUGUCCCCUAUGUAACCAUUUGGUGUUAGCAGUAUGAUAUUGUCCCCUAUGUAACCAUUUGGUGUCAGCAGUGUGACAUUGUCCCCUAUGUAACUAUUUGGUGUCAGCAGUGUGACAUUGUCCUCUAUGUAACCAUUUAGUGUCAGCUGUGUGAUAUUGUCCCAUAUGUAACCAUUUGGUGUCAGCAGUGUGAUAUUGUCCCCUAUGUAACCAUUUGGUGUCAGCAGUGUGAUAUUGUCCCCUAUGUAACCAUUUGGUGUCAGCAGUGUGACAUUGUCCCCCUAUGUAACCAUUUGGUGUCAGCAUUGUGUAAUAUUGUCCCCUAUGUAACCAUUUGGUGUCAGCAGUGUAAUAUUGUCCCCUAUGUAACCAUUUAGUGUCAGCAGUGUGAUAUUGUCCCCUAUGUAACCAUUUGGUGUCAGCAGUGUGAUAUUGUCCCCUAUGUAACACAAUAAAAGUGACAGAUGUGAUCUGCAGCGUUAUUUCUCUCCUUCUUCUCCCCUUAAUCCUUAUCUUCUCCUUCUUCCUCCUCCCUCUUCCUCCCUCUUCCUCCUCUCUCCUCCUCCAUCUUCCUCCCCUCUUCCUCCUCUCUCCUCCUCCUCCAUCUUCCUCCCUCUUCCUCCUCUCUCCUCCUCUAUCUUCCUCCCCUCUUCCUCCUAUCUCCUCCUCCCUCUUCCUCCUCUGUUCCUCCCCAGUUUGCCUGCCAAAUUGAUAAAUGGUGGGAUCGCAGGGCUGAUUGGUGUGAGCUGUGUGUUUCCUAUUGACCUGGCCAAGACCCGCCUGCAGAACCAGCAAAAUGGAUCACGCCUGUACACCAGCAUGUAUGUACACACACACACACACACACACACACACACACACACACAGCAUUUACUGACUAUAUUAGUUCCUGUGUAUUUCUCCUGCUACUAUUAUUACUCCUGUUGUCUAUUUGUCCUGUCACGCCUACACUGGACACUAACACACUAACACCCUCACACACUGGACACUCACACACUGGACACUCAUACAUUGGACACUCACACACACUGGACACUCACAUACACUGGACACUCACACUGGACACACACCCACCACCACCCAGACACCUACCACCACCCAGACACCACCCAACGACAGCCAACACCACCCAACGACAGCCAACACCACCCAACACAUUUACAUUUUAGUCAUUUAGCAGACGCUCUUAUCCAGAGCGACUUACAGUUAGUGAGUACAUACAUUAUUUUUUUAUUUUUCAUACUGGCCCCCCGUGGGAAUCGAACCCACAACCCUGGCAUUGCAAACGCCAUGCUCUACCAACUGAGCUACAUCCCUGCCGGCCAUUCCCUUCCCUACCCUGGACGACGCUGGGCCAAUUGUGUGCCGCCCCAUGGGUCUCCCGGUCGCGGCCGGCUACGACAGAGCCUGGAUUCGAACCAGGAUCUCUAGUGGCACAGUUAGCACUGCGAUGCAGUGCCUUAGACCACUGUGCCACUCAGGAGGCAACACCACUCAGACACCCCCACCACCCAGACACCCCCACCACCCAGACACCCCCACCACCCAGACACCCAACACCACCCAGACACCCAACACCACCCAGACACCCCCACCACCCAGACACCCCCACCACCCAGACACCCCCACCACCCAGACACCCCCACCACCCAGACACCCCCACCACCCAGACACCCAACACCACCCAGACACCCCCACCACCCAGACACCCCCACCACCCAGACACCCCCCACCACCCAGACACCCCCACCACCCAGACACCCCCACCACCCAGACACCCCCACCACCCAACACCACUCAGACAAUGUGCCCCCUCUGGUCUUAGCACAUGCGCUCGAGCCAACAGCUUGCAGAUACAGUGCGAGUAGAACACCUACAUUAUGACAUUAUUAUGGAUAAAAGCAAUAUUUGCUUUUACAGGGACAUUGAUUUCACCAAUUACCAUUGAUAUCAAUCUCUGUCUAGUUGUUGAAUAUCUUAUUUACCUGAGAGAAUGGUUUUUAUUACACAUAAUUUGUAAGCAUUACUGAGUAAUGUGAAAAUGUAAUUAUUUGAUAUUAUUUACCCAUUUCAUUUAUGAAGAAAAUGAACCAGAAUUCAAAAUGUGUAAAUUCCAUGUACAUACUGUUGGGAAGUGUACUAUGCAGUUAUGUUAUGUUGUUGUAACUAGUUAAUGUUAUAUGUUGUAGUAACUAGUUGGUGUUAUAUGUUGUAGUAACUAGUUGGUGUUAUAUGUUGUAGUAACUAGUUGAUGUUAUAUGUUGUAGUAACUAGUUGGUGUUAUAUGUUGUAGUAACUAGUUGGUGUUAUAUGUUGUAGUAACUAGUUGGGUGUUAUAUGUUGUAGUAACUAGUUGGUGUUAUAUGUUGUAGUAACUAGUUGAUGUUAUAUGUUGUAGUAACUAGUUGGUGUUAUAUGUUGUAGUAACUAGUUGGUGUUAUAUGUUGUAGUAACUAGUUGGUGUUAUAUGUUGUAGUAACUAGUUGAUGUUAUAUGUUGUAGUAACUAGUUGGUGUUAUAUGUUGUAGUAACUAGUUGGUGUUAUAUGUUGUAGUAACUAGUUGAUGUUAUAUGUUGUCGUAACUAGUUGGUGUUAUAUGUUUUGUAGUAACUAGUUGGUGUUAUAUGUUGUAGUAACUAGUUGGUGUUAUAUGUUGUAGUUAACUAGUUGGUGUUAUAUGUUGUAGUAACUAGUUGGUGUUAUUGUUGUAGUACACUAGUUGGUGUUAUAUGUUUGUAGUUAGUUGAUGUUAUAUGUUGUAGUAACUAGUGAUGUUAUAUGUUGUAGUUAACUAGUUGGUGUUAUAUGUUGUAGUAACUAGUUGGUGUUAUAUGUUGUAGUAACUAGUUGGUUAUGUUAUGUUGUAGUAACUAGUUGGUGUUAUAGUUGUAGUAACUAGUUGAGUUUAUAUGUUGUAGUAACUAGUUGGUUGUUAUAUGUUGUAGUAACUAGUUGGUGUUAUAUGUUGUGUAGUAACUAGUUGGGUGUUUUAUAUGUUGGUAGUAACUAGUUGAUGUUAUAUGUUGUAGUAACUAGUUGGUGUUAUAUGUUGUAGUAACUAGUUGGUGUUAUAUGUUGUAGUAGCUAGUUGGUGUUUAUGUUGUAGUAACUAGUUGGUUGUUAUAAGUGUGUUUUGUAGUAACUAGUUGAUGUUAUAUGUUGUAGUAACUAGUUGGUUAUGUUUAUAUGUUGGUAAGUGAACUAGUUGAUGUUAUAUGUUGUAGUAACUAGUUGGUGUUAUAUGUUGUAGUAACUAGUUGGUUGUUAUAUGUUGUAGUAACUAGUUGGUGUUAUAUGUUGUAGUAACUAGUUGGUGUUAUAUGUUGUAGUAACUAGUUGUGUUAUAUGUUUGUAGUAACUAGUUGGUGUGUUAUAGUGUUGUAGUAACUAGGUGUAUUGUUUAUAUGUUGUAUUGUAGUAACUAGUUGGUGUUAUAUGUUGUAGUAACUAGUUGGUGUUAUAUGUUGUAGUAAUAGUUGGUGUUAUAUGUUGUAGUAACUAGUUGGUGUUAUAUGUUGUAGUAACUAGUUGAUGUUAUAUGUUUGUAGUAACUAGUUGGUGUUAUAUGUUGUAGUAACUAGUUGGUGUUAUAUGUUGUAGUAACUAGUUGGUGUUAUAUGUUGUAGUAACUAGUUGGUGUUAUUGUUGUAGUAACUAGUUGGUGUUAUAUGUUGUAGUAACUAGUUGGUGUUAUAUGUGUAAUGGUGUUAGUAACUAGUUGUGUGGUUAUAUGUUGUAGUAACUAGUUGAUGUUAUAUGUUGUAGUAACUAGUUGGUGUUAUAGUUGUUGUAGUAACUAGUUGGUGUUAUAUGUUGUAGUAACUAGUUGGUGUUAUAUGUUGUAGUAACUAGUUGAUGUUAUAUGUUGUAGUAACUAGUUGGUGUUAUAUGUUGUAGUAACUAGUUGGUGUUAUAUGUUGUAGUAACUAGUUGAUGUUAUAUGUUGUAGUAACUAGUUGGUGUUAUAUGUUGUAGUAACUAGUUGGUGUUAUAUGUUGUAGUAACUAGUUGGUGUUAUAUGUUGUAGUAACUAGUUGGUGUUAUAUGUUGUAGUAACUAGUUGGUGUUAUAUGUUGUAGUUAGUUGAUGUUAUAUGUUGUAGUAACUAGUUGAUGUUAUAUGUUGUAGUAACUAGUUGGUGUUAUAUGUUGUAGUAACUAGUUGGUGUUAUAUGUUGUAGUAACUAGUUGGUGUUUAUAUGUUGUAGUAACUAGUUGGUGUUAUAUGUUGUAGUAACUAGUUGUGUUAUAUGUUGUAGUAACUAGUUGGUGUUAUAUGUUGUAGUAACUAGUUGAUGUUAUAUGUUGUAGUAACUAGUUGGUGUUAUAUGUUUGUAGUAACUAGUUGGUGUUUAUGUUGUAGUAACUAGUUGGUGUUAUUGUUGUAGUACUAGUUGGUGUUAUAUGUUGUAGUAGCUAGUUGGUGUUAUAUGUUGUAGUAACUAGUUGAUGUUAUAUGUUGUAGUAAACUAGUUGAUGUUAUAUGUUGUAGUAACUAGUUGGUGUUAUAUGUUGUAGUAACUAGUUGGUGUUAUAUGUUGUAGUACUAGUUGGUGUUAUAUGUUGUAGUAACUAGUUGGUUUUGUAGUAUAGUUGUGUGUUAUUGUUGUAGUAACUAGUGGUGUUAUAUGUUGUAGUAACUAGUUGUUAUAUGUUGUAGUCUAGUGUUAAGUUAUAGUUAUAUGUGUAGUAACUAGUUGGUUAUAUGUUGUAGUACUAGUUGGUUUAUUAGCUAGUGGGUUAUAUGUUUAGUAGUUGGUGUAGUUGUAAAUAGUUGUGUAUAGUGUCGUAACUAGUUGGUGUUUAUGUAUGUUGUAGUAACUGUUUGUGAUAUGUUGUAGUAACUAGUUGGUUGUUAUAAUGUUGUAGUAAACUAGGUUGGUGUUAUAGUGUAGUAACUAGUGGUGUAUAUGUUGUAGUAACUAGUUGGUGUUAUAUUUUGUAGAACUAGUGGUUGUGUCUUGUAGGUCUGACUGCCUUAUCAAGACUAUCCGCUCAGAGGGAUACUUCGGGAUGUACAGAGGUAGGUCAGGAUACUUCGCGAUGUACAGAGGUAGGUCAGGGUGAGGACGUGGAAGUAUGUUUGUGCACUUUAAAGUGACAGGUACAUACUAAAGCCAAACAUAGCACAGUGAGGUCAUAGCGAAAAUUGCUGACCACUGCUGAACGCUGAGACUAUCAAAGCUGCUUAGCUGUGAGACAACUCACUCUCACCAUCACACAGCUAACCACAGCCUCAGGUAUACAGGACUAACGAUGUCCUUUUAUUGCGAACAUAAUGACAUGUUACCACCAUACAUGACAACACGCCUGCUCUCUCUCACUUCCUCUCAUUGGCACAGGGUCUGCGGUGAACCUAACCCUGGUCACUCCAGAGAAAGCCAUCAAGUUAGCAGCAAAUGACUUCUUCAGACAAUACCUCUCCAAGGAUGGGUAAGAUG